UGGAACCAGAGGGAGCUUGGAGGCUGCAGGUGACUCAGUCCUUAACCCUCUAAACACUUAGGAACCCAGCAGCCUCCCACUAUUCCAAAAACACAGCCUGCAGGUUCAUGGCUGGCAGGUCUCUGCCCCCUGGAUGCCAGGAGGAGGAGGCUGCCAAAGACUCUGGGCUGAAACUAUCACCGGUGAGGCUCAGAGGCCGCCUGCCCAGUAUUGAUGAGGCCCAACCCGCCGGACUGGGCCCGGCAUCCCGGCGUGGCUCCAUGCUGGCAGCGUCUUUCUCACGCAGAAACUCUUUGGCGGGGCCUGGUAUGGGUCCUGGGGGUCGGCGACCAUCCAUGGGCCCAGUGCCUCCUCUAGGUUCGAGGAUCAGCUUCUCUGGGUUGCCCUUAGCACCUGCCCGUCGGAUGGUGCCUUCCUACCGCAUGGAGCCUGCACCUGGGGAGCGCUGGGAGGCUGCACGUGCACAGCAAGCCCUGGAGGCAGCGCUGGCAGCGGGGCUGCAGGAUACCAGUUACUCUGGCUCAGAAGCUGGACGGCUGGCACGGGAGCUCUGUGAGCAGGUGCAUGUGCGCCUGCGCGAGCUCAGCCCGCCGCGCUACAAGCUGGUGUGCUGUGUGGUGCUGGGGCCACGCGCAGGCCAGGGUGUGCGCGUGGUCAGCCGAGCGCUCUGGGAUGCAGCUCGAGAUGGGCUGAUCUCCGCCACCUUCACCAACGCCUCACUCUUUGCCGUGGCCACUGUUCACGGGCUCUACUGCGAGUAAGGACACCUCCAAGUUCUGCAAAACGGUUU